CUGGGAACUACGUCACCUGCGGCUUUAAAGCCCGCGGAAUGAAAUUACCCGCCCCGCUCGGGCAGCCAAUCAGGCGCCCCGGUCUCCCCGGAAGUGCGUGCGGCAGCUCCGCCCCUAGGCUCCGAGCAGAGGUGGAAGCUGGUGCGGGGUGCUGGAGGUGAAGCUCCAGCGAGUCCUGGAUCCUCUGAGGAAGGCGAUGGAGAGGGCCCUGGCGAUGGAGUCCAAGGAGAAGGACAGCACCGCGGCGUGGAAGAACAAGGUAAAGCGACGGAGAGAGAGAAUCAAGGCUGAGUGCGAGAAGCUGCGUCGCUUUGUGAACGAGGAGGAGCAGCGGCUUCUGCAGAGACUGGAGGAGGAGGAGAGCGAGACUCUGCGGAGCCUGGAGGCGAACGUAGCCCAACUCUCCCGGCAAAGCUCCUCUCUGCGCACGCUGAUCUCGGAGAUAGAGGAGAAGAGCCGGCAGACACCUGCUGAGCUGCUGAAGGAUGUGAAAAGGACCUUGGACAGGAGCAAGGAUGUGAAGCUUCAGGAAACAAAAGCUGUUUCAACAGAGCUGAAGACCCCGUGCAGCAUCCCAGGGAUGGUGGAAAUGCUAAGGAAAUUCACAGGUACGUGGCAGCACAUGGCAGGGUCAUUGGCAAGAGCGGUGCUGAGUGCACUGGGGGGUGUAGCACACACAGCACAGGGGGAUGCGACUGAUGUGUCGGCAGAGAGCCUCUGCAGUCCUGCAGCGGUCUGCUCAGCCCAGGUCUGAGAGUCCCUGGAUCGGCAAGGGGAAAAGUCCCGUUGUAGUUUCCAUGCAGGGCACGGCUGGGUCACUCCAGUGGGGACAGGGGAAGUUGGAAACAGGAGAUCGAGUGGCAGGAACUGGGCCUGGGGCACAUGCAAGAGGAUAAUCUCAGACCACCAGCACUUUGCUGUCCAGCCCUGAUCCUGUCACUACCUGCUCCCUCCCACAGCAGGAACAGGGAUCCACCUGGUU